UAAAAAAAAUAUUUUUGGGGAUCGGCCAGUUGUCUAAAGUCAUUGUCCUUGAUACAAGAGGAAUUCAAGCUAACCUAGUUAAUUUAAACUGCUAUAACUUCCCCCAUAGAUAUUUGUGACGCCUCCUUGCGGGAGAUUUGAGUAAUGGCACCUGGACCCAAGGCCAGAGAGACAACUCGGAGGAGAAGAAAGACAAAACUUGAUUGGAGCACGUGCUGGAGCAACAGUCUGAAAGAGGUGGCUGGUCUGCUGCCUAUGACUGAACCCAGACGUGGCAGAGCUCUUACAAAGAAAGAUACACUGAUCAACAUGCUACGCUACUUUGACUUCCUUCACGAUAAGAUCCAGAACCUUCAGAGUUGUCUGCCUCCCCACUGCGUCCCCCAGGAGCCGGGCACAGGUUCAGGGUCCGAAAGCGAAGAGAAUACCCCCUCAGAGCCCUGCAGCCCUCCACAAACUCUGAGGGCAAAGCGCAAAUAUCUCUGUAGCCGUGCCCGGAAGAAGUCCACAGAAAUCAAGUUGGAGGUUCAGGAUGAGAGAAAAAGACAGAAGAGAGAGAGGAGUGCCAGUGGAAGUAGAUCCUACACCUAUGAGGAUGAUGGGCAGUCUCCUCCCAUGUGGAGCAUGUUCUCUGAUUGGUCAGACCUCCAGCCCAGCAGCAGCUAUGAGCAGUGGUCUGUGGGUGACAGCGACUCUGUUCCGAGCUCCAUGGAUUCAGCCUUCAGCCUCAGUGAGACUCUUCCCUUGCCCACGCCUCUGGAAGGUGCGUGUGCAGCCGGGAACAGUGCUGUGCUCUGGUCUCCACUGGGAGGGGACUGCUCAGUGUGUCAGGAUCUCACUGUCAGUGAGAGCAGCCCAGGCAGCGUGGUCUUCGACACGCCCCCAACAGGGCCAGGAUCGCUCCUUGUGAAGGACCGCAUGUUCGGAGUAGUUGUGCCUGUGGGAGUGCGAAGGUUCCCCCUCCUCAGCCCCGCUGCCAUGUCCAGGCAGCCCCCCCCACUGUUCCCCCUGCUCCCUCUCUUAGGAGCGGGGGACUGUCUGAACCUCAGCCCCUCCCUCCUCACCUCCCCAGCCCGGGGCCUCAACCACUGCCUGCUGCCAGAGGGCCAAGAGGAACUCCAGGCCCUAUUUGAGGAUGUUUGGGUCACCCCCAAAACCAGCCACACUCGAGUAUCCAUCCGCCCACGCCAUGACCCCAUUGACUCGGUAGAGGAGGAAGAAGCUGUCGUGCCUCCUGAAGCGUGGUUGGAGUCCCAGAGCGAGGGGGAGGAGGGGGACGCCACCUGGACCCCCAAGCUCCAAGGCCCCACGAAGAAGACAAGCAAAGGACGCCGCCGCCGCCGCAGAGCCAAGGCAGCCACCAGGGGGCCUCAGCGCGCCCCUCCAAAUCUGAAGAAGAAAUGCGUCAAUGGCUUCAUCAUGUUCUGUCGCGUCAACAGGAAGACUUACCUCCGCUCCCAUCCUGGAACCCCCUCCACCGUGGUCACCAAGGAGCUGGCCAGCUUGUGGCACAUGAUGCCCAAGCAGGAGAAGAGAGUAUACUGUCUGAAAGCUCGCACGUUCAGCCGCCAGCAGAACCGCAACGUAAGGAUCGAGGGUAUGGAGGAGGAGGAGGAGGAGGGCUGUGUGCCCAGUCCCCUCCACAUGCUGCUGGCUCACAGAGACCUGUGUGCCGCUACCAGGGGAGGGAUCUAGAUCAUUCUCCACACACACACACUCAGGCCACAGCACGUGUUAUAAAGGACCAAAACACUCACCGAUAUGAAAGCGACUUUAUGUCAGCGAUGAUGACACUUCAGUACCAUACUUGUUGCUGGGCAUGAGUGCAUUUUGCAGUGGUAUCCAAAAGACCAUGUGUUUAUGACCAUAUGCAUCCUGCACUGGAAGUUUAUAUUUAUUAUGGGCAUAUUCAAAUCAACGACACUGGUUUAUUCAUGAGCCACAUAGUUAAUUAUGAGUUCUUUGUGAAGACAUUAAUCAACCUUACUCUGCAGAAGAUUCAGCACACAUAAACUAACAACACAUUUUUAAAGGUUGCAGUUGUUUUUCUAAAUAUAGUUCCUCUAAUGUUCAAAUCUUUGAUAGAUAUCUUUAAUGAUAAGUUAUCAUUAAAUGCAAUUUUUCUGUAGGUUUUGUUGGUUACAAUGCCAAGCCUGUUUUUUAUUUGCUAUCUGGGUUUGUAAUUAAUGUCUGUAUUUUAUAAUGCAAAACACUAAAGGAAGUACACCGUUUAUAGCAUAACAACUUACACCAUUGACUGAAAGUCAAAUGUAUUGUCUAUUUAUACAUGUUCUUACAGUACAUUUACAGUAUAUUUAACAUUUAUACCUUCGCUGUCCUGUAGGCAGGAACUGAGUGCAACAUGUUUUUAAAGUUAAACCAAUUGUGAAAUGUGUGUUAAUUGUGUUAUUAUAUUAUAUUACUAUAACUUUUUAUUAUCUUAUACUGUA